UACGUUACGUUUAUUAGUUGUGUAACCCGGAGUUCAUUAUUGUAAAACAUGUAAAAAUGAGAGCAAAAGUGCGUUUAAUGUAAUCAUUCUCGUUAGUAAUGCUAGCAGCUAGUUGGCUAACCUGUUAUUACAAGUCAGUGGCACUCCUAACAUGCCACAACACUCCCACUUUCUUCUGGAGAGAAGCUUGCUAAUCUCUCCAAACUGAUUGCGGAAACAUUUGUGCCGUAGACUCCGAGCAGCGACUUAUCCCAGAUCCGAGGCGGUACACACCUUCCCUCUCAGCCAUGGGAAACACAUCCUGCAACCACCCGGGCAUCCCUCCACCUCAGGGCCCCAAGGCCGUGGGUUGCACGGACCUAAUGAUGGAUCACACAGUGCAGGGCAGCUUCUUCCGCCUUUACUACCCUUGUCAGAAGAUGGUCAAGGCUGAGAUGCCAGCUUGGAUCCCCAACAGAGAAUAUUUCAACGGCCUGACAGACUUCAUGAAAAUCAACAGGACUUUCGGCGAAGGAAUGUUCAACUUCCUCUUUGGCUCAGUCAAGAUACCAGCCCACUUGGAUGCUCCAUUUCACUCCAAUGAGAAAUGUCCAGUCAUCAUAUUUUCCCAUGGCUUGGGAGCCUUCAGGACUUUGUAUUCUGCCAUUUGUACAGAACUGGCCUCCAGGGGCUUCAUCGUGGCCUCCGUGGAACACAGAGACGAGUCUGCCUCCGCCACGUGUUACUUUGGAGAAAAGGGCGAGUCCCAGCAUGCACCAAACGAGUCUAUCUUAGGCGAUCUGCUGAUGGAAUGGAUCUAUGUCAGAAUGCUGCAGCCGGGAGAGCAAGAAUUCCCCAUCAGAAACCAGCAAGUGACUCAAAGGGCCGAUGAGUGCGUCCGUGCUCUAAGUAGACUGGCAGACAUCGACUCAGGGCUGCCGGUGCAAAAUGUUUUGCAGACACAGUUUGACUGGACGACGUUGCAGAACUCCAUGGAUCUGUCCAAAGUAGCUGUGAUCGGACAUUCCUUUGGGGGAGCAACCGUCUUAGAAGCUUUAGCCAAAGAGACUCAAUUCAAGUGUGGCGUGGCGCUGGAUGCCUGGAUGUUUCCGUUGAAGGACGACACCUUCCCUAGAAUAAAGCAGCCCGUCUUUUUCAUCAACUCAUGGAGUUUCCAGUGGCCUGAGAACGUCAAACGCAUCGAAACGUUGCUCGCGGCCGACGCUCGCAGGAAGAUGAUCACUAUCAGAGGCACCAUGCACCAAUCCUUCCCUGACUUCACCUUUGUGACGAGAGAGUGCAUCGGCAAGCUGACGAAGCUGAGGGGCGACCUCGACCCAGUAGUGGCCAUCAACCUCUCCAACGAAGCAACACUAGCCUUCUUGCAAAGACACCUUGGUUUGGAAAAGGACUUCAAUCAGUGGGACCGUCUGAUUGACGGAGAAGAUGAAAACCUUAUCCCAGGAACUAACGUCCCCUUGCUUCAGUCGGCCAUGUGACUCGCACCACAUGCCGCAUGAAGUACCGCAGACCUCAUCAUCGUUAAAAAUCAGGGUUCCAAAUGGACUUUUUUGUCCAACUGUUUAUCAUCUGCACUGGGCUGCAAAGACUCUCAGUGUAACGGGGUGUCUGUGUGUGUGUGUGUGUGUGUAUGUGUGUGUGUGUGUGUGUGUGUUUUAAAGAACUGACCAUGUAAAACAGGGGUGUCCAAAGUGCGGCCACGGGGCAAUUUGCGGCGUAAUUGUUAGCCACCUAAUAAUAGCGUGCUAGAUUUUUUUUACAAAUUUUGCAGGUAUACACCCCGGCGCCAAAUAUUUUGUGAGUUGACAAAUGAUACCUGUUGGCAUUACAACGUAAAUAUGCUAGCUUUUCUUUUUUUUUUUUUUUUUUUAAGCUAGUUUUGUAGUCACAUACCUCAGUCGUAUUUUGGUACUUGAUAAAUGCUAAUGUUAGCGCGCCAGCAUUUUAAACACAUUUUUCAGAGUAAUACAUUUUGGUACAUGACGCAUGUUACAGUUGGCAUUUUAGCGUGCUAAAAUAAGUGUGCUCACUUUUGUGGCUAAUUUAACAGGCAUAUACCUUAAUGUCAUAUAUUUUGGUAUUUCACUAAUGUUAACUGUAAACAUUAGCAUAAUACUGUUAGCAUGCUAGCUUUUUUAGCAUAUAUUUUAUGUUACUUGAUGCCAUCUGGCCAGCAGGCUAAUUGUCAUACUUACCAACCCUCCCGAUUUUCCCGGGAGACUCACAAUUUUCAGUGCCCCUCCCGAAAAUCUCCCGGGGCAACCAUUCUCUCGAAUUUCUCCCAACAAUAUUGGGGGCAUGCCUUAAAGGCACUGCCUUUAGCGUCCUCUCUCACCUGAAAAGGAGACUAUUAUAUAUGUCUCCGUUAUCCAGAGGUUUAUCUAUAACCCAUAAAGUAGGCAGGCACGGAGCUAUUUCUCAGCGUGUGUUUAUUCCAGCCGGCACGCUAAUACACUGACACACAUCAUUCGGAUUCCCAUCAUGCAUUGCUUCAAAACUACGGCAAGUAGUAAUGUCCAAAAACAUAACAGAGACGAAGCAGAAGAACGAAGAAGAGACAUGGCAACGACAUGUAAGAAGAAGAAGUACGCUUGCAAGUUCCAAAAUGAUUGGAAAAAAUAAUUUCAGUUCAUCCAGGAUAGCUCGAAGGGGAAGGGGUAUGCUGCCUGCACAUUUUGUAGAUCAGACUUUUUAUGUGUAAAUAAAUGAAAACUGAAAUUCAAGUAUUUAUUUUACUUAUAUAU